UUCAGUAAGUCACAUGACGUGUGUCAAUCACUUGCAGCGCGUUGUGCUAUGCCCGCCGCCAUAAUAGCUAAACACUGGGUUGACGCUAGACUGACAAUUCAAGCUGGAGCUGCAGAUCCAUAACACAAUGCAACACUCCUCUGGAGUUGAGGUUUCUUCUUCAGGUACAUCACAUGUACCUAUACUUACACAAGAUGGAGCAAAGGAAGAGAGCAAACCAACAACACAAGGGGUGACUCAAGUAGUGACAAGUGCCUCAGCAACAGCUGUAACUGAGGAUAUUCAGGCACAGCUUGAGAAGGAUAAGAGACUUAUCUAUGGACACCCCCUUUUCCCCUUGAUGGCCCAGUUAUUUGAGAAAUGUGAGCAAGCCACUCAGAGCACCGAUCCCCCAACAUCAGCCAGCUUUGAUGUAGACAUUGAAGAGUUUGUUCAUCAGCAAGAUAGAACGGGUAAACCAUUCUUCAGUAAUGAUCCAGAAAUUGACAACCUGAUGGUGAAGGCAAUCCAGGUACUGCGCAUACACCUACUGGAACUCGAGAAGGUCAACGAAUUAUGUAAAGAUUUCUGCCAUCGGUAUAUCACAUGUCUAAAGGGGAAGAUGCAUAGUGAUAUAUUGCUGCGAGAUGAACGACAGCCCGGAACACCAUUUGCUUCAAGUCAACUUUCACAGGAGGGUCAAGGUUCAGCACAGGGGCCAGAAAUGACUCCACCUCAUCAAGUUACCCAACAGGUACAAAUCCAGGUUCAGGCAUCACCUCAACAAGUACACCCAGUUACAGCUGCAUCAGUAGGAAGUGGGACAUACAUCAUACAACCAAAUACACAGUCUGCUCAAUCUGGCUCCGCACAGCUGCAACAAGCACAGUUCCAAACAAUGCUGAACCAAGCAGGCCAAGUGGUGUAUGCUCCAGUUAUUCCACAAGGAGUCAUGACACAACAAGGACUGGUUACCCAAGGUAUUUCAGGAACUGUCCAGUUGCAGAAUACCCCGCAGCAGGGUGUUGGUGCUCAGUCAGUUGUGCCUGUCAUCCAUGGGUCUACACCCAUCUCACAUAUAGGAAUUCCAUCAUCAGGAACAUCUGAACAGCAGAAUGUUACAUCAAUAUCAUACGCUGCCUCAACACCCACAAUAACCAGUGCAGGGGAUGAGUAUGAUGAUGUGAAUGAACUGUUGAAUAAGAGAAAACCAAAGAGAGGUGUACUUCCCAAGCACGCCACCAACAUCAUGAGAUCAUGGCUCUUCCAACAUAUAGUGCAUCCUUAUCCAACAGAAGAUGAGAAGCGAAUGAUAGCAGCUCAGACAAACCUGACACUGUUGCAAGUCAAUAAUUGGUUUAUCAAUGCAAGGAGGAGAAUAUUACAACCAAUGUUGGAUGCUAGCAAUCCUGAUCCCAGCACAAAGACAAAGAAAGUCAAGACUCAGAGUCGACCUUCUACGCAACGUUUCUGGCCGGAAUCCUUAGCAAACCUGAGCUCAACCAACACAGCCAAACCAAGCAGUGACAUUGGCGCUUCAACAGAACUCACACCAACAGUACCAGUACAGCAAAUCACAUUGUCUGGAGAAACUGUCUCAUCGAUGAUACGGGUACAUCAUUCGUCAUCCUCCUCACCUCAAGUGGAGGGUUUGUCAAAUGGGGAGGGUGAUCCUCUUGAAGAGGAUGGAGGAAACAAUGGGUCUGAACUGUCAUCCAAUGAUGGUGGGAUAGGAUUAGGUAGUGAUGAAGAGUCUUCAUGAUUUGAGAGUGGUCCUAAGCAUGAAACGAUGUGAUUAGACAGUAUUGCUCAGAACAAAUGAGGACUGGUUUGUCAGCAAUCAUCUUGUAUGUGAGCAAAGUCCACUCACAGUUGUUCAAGGUCAUCUAAGAGUGACACGUACAAUCUAGGCUCUGCUUUAUAUGAAUUACUAUAAGGUUUUAGUAGUGCCGUUGUCACGAUACUACAUCUGAACUACAGCAAGUAGAAAAUAUCUUUUUGUAUUGGAUAUUUAGAUUACCGUGUUGAUUUUUUUAAUAUUAAGACUGGUCUGAAAUGUGGGAAGAUUGCAAUGGACACUAUUAGCCUCUGAUGCUAUAGGAGACUUCCUAACUAGCCAGCUUACAUGCAAUAGGAUUCAAAGCACACAAUUGGGCCUGUUGCAGUGAGUGCAUUUGAACAUGUAAAAAUGUGUAAUGUACAAGCAUUUUGAAGAUUUAGUGGUGGUACCGUACAUUAUCAAAUGAAGGUACCUGUACAUGUAGCAGGUACUAAAGCCAUGCAUUCUUUAAGUGCAAAAGAGAAGCUAUUGUUACAAUAUUCUCUUCAAAUACUGAAUAUUUUUAUAACUUAAACACAACAUUCAUAUGGAAAUCUUUUGAUGCACUCUGUCAGAAACAAUGUUUGUAAUCCUGCUUAAAUUAGGAGAAUUUCAGGCCGACUUCUGGGAAAGUUAUUAGAAUUGAUGAUAGUCAAUACUUUGAGAAGCUACCUGCCAACAUGCAAGCCAAGGUUAACUGCAUCUAUGUGUACGUGUACAUGUACAUGUACAUCAGGGAUGAGAUUUGUCAGGAUUUUUGUUAGGAUUUCCUGAUUUCAAAACCUGGAAAAUCCUGGUUAAGCAGUAUGGUAUGUUUACAUAAGUUGACAUAGAGCACAAGAAAUGGGUUUUUGCUUGGGGUGCCUUUAGGCAAAUACAAACGUAUGUGCUGCUGUGGGCUCUUGAAUCUCUCUGCUAAUUAUUUUGUGGAUAUUUCACUUUCUUCCUCCCCGAUACAAGUACCGUACAUGAUUCUCAGGCUUACUUUGGCAUUUUCCGAGACAUUACUUUUUGCCAUUCACAGCAUGCCAACAUAUGUACAUGUAUGUGUUCAUAGAUCUCAGCUUUCAUUUCAACCAACAAAAGCCAGUGCUGUUCUAUACCUUGUCCAUGUGGGAAAAAAAUGAGGAUAAGACAUUUAACAUUUCCGGAGCAGGAAAUGGCCGUUCAAAGGCUUUCUUUGAAUUGUAUAAGGAAACUUAUUGUGUCACCCAAGGGAGUUUUAAACAGACUCAUGUAUCAGAAUCUUAGCUUUAAGUGAAAAAAUAUUUACAAUUGAUUUUGUGACACAUUGUCACUUUCAUUUCUUGCUGUAGUUCAUGGAUGAAGAUUAAUCAUGGGAAUUGAUGUUAGUCAAUACUUUGAGAGGUUAUAAGACAUGGUAUUUGCUCAGUACUACAAACUCAAGGUGACUGACAUUCAUCUCAUGGCCAAACUUUUUGUGAAAAAUGAUGGUAUUCUGUGAAAAUGAUUAUAAAGUACCGUAUAUGUAUUGACCAACAUUCUGUGUGAUAUUUACCAUUACUGUUUCAUAUUUGUUUCCGUCGUUUCAGUUCCCCAAAAUACUUCUUCACACAUCAGUCAGUCAAAUAUUUCCUUUUGCACAAAUGUUCUUUUGACAACACAUGCACAGUUGACAAAGGCAUCAUUUGUGUUAUUCACUCAACCACAAAAAUCAGACCUACAAACAGCAUGGUAGUGUUUUGACAGCGUUUUACAUCCCCCCUUUUACACUUUACAGUAGUCUAUUUCAUAUAACCACUACAUGCACAUGUAUAUGUGCAUCAAAAACAAGAAAUGUUAAAGUUCAUGUACACUUCUUUGUUCUUUUGCACUACCAAAUUUAUGGUAAAAACAAAACAAGGAAAGAAGAACAAGUAUUUGAAUUAGAUCAGAGACAAACACUGGUGUGAGAGUUCAGCUUUAUAGCUGAUUUCAGCUUUUUUGUACACCUGGUCUGUACAAAGUAUGGGAACUUUUUACAUUUUAGCUGUUUUCGGCUUUAAGUGGUCACUCACACCCUGCAAACAUAAAGUUGAAUAUUGUCAAGACACAACUAUAAGAUUAGCGAAACACAUUAAGAUAGGAAGCCAAACAAAAAUACAAUAUGCAUCAUUAAUGUAAACCGAACAAUUUCAAUUUUGGUUUUUAUCUCUGAAUUUUGUGCUGUAAGUUGUGUAUCAUUGAACCUUGUCAUUAUUCCUUUUUUCACCCUUCUUUUUGCAUCUAACUUUUUGCAUCUAACUUUUAGAGAAUCAAAGAUUUAAUUUUCCUCCAUGUUUGGGAAUACAUGUAUGUUAGUACUGCAGUUAAUGCAUUGUGCAUUUGCAGUGGGAAAGACUUGAUGUGGAAUUCACUUUUACAUGUAUUGUAAACCCAUACAGUGAUAAUACCCAGAAAUCCAUAAUAUUCGAAAGUUGUUGGCAUUUUGCUGUUGAGGACCAAGGAGUGCAUUGGUGUCGAUAGCUGAUUAAUUUGGCAUUUCUGCCUAGCAAUAAAUUAUUUCAGAAGCUACAAAGUGAGCAUUUUUUACCAUAUUUUAGUAUUUUUUUGUUAAUUCUGUCGAUACAGUUUUUAUAGAUCUGAUGGUCAUGGUCUUGGACUUCAAAAGUGAGUCUCAACUUGUCAUUUAUUUGUGCAUUUACUUGUACCACAAUUUUGCAGAUUUUUCAAAAAUUGCUAGCAUUUUUAUUUUGAGGCAAUCGUUAAAAAUUUAGUAUUUUGGUAUGUAAAGCCCCGUCUUUAAAUCUGGCUUAAUGAUUUACAUUGCUCUCCUGCAAGUGUUAUUCACUCUGGCUGUACACAAACAUGUACAGCAACAUGUUCAUGUUUAAUGUGUGGACUGUUACAGCAUAUUGCAGUUUGGGCCAUCAUCUUGUAUAUGUACAUUUGCACCUGUACACUUAAUGCCUACAAGCCUGUGAAAAGUAAAAGUCGAUGAAAAUAUCCAUCUGGGACCACAUUAACAGUAGCAAACCAUUCCUUAAAUCAUUAUUAAAGAUUGUUAGCUUACUUGUAAAUGUUCCUCUUGACAAAAUGUAUAUAAUUUUCCCUGAAAGUUCCUGUAAGUAAACUUGAAAAAAGGUGUUAGCUUGUGGUACUAGGUCAGGACGGCAUUAAGAUAAGUUGUAACUGAGACUUUGGCAGAGCCAACUGAGCUCUCUGGUUUGAUGUAUUAGUCAGUUUGGUGUUUUGAUGAGAAUGGAUACUACAGUGACCUGUGUGUGGGUGACAAAUGUUGACAGUUCCUAUUGACUUUUACUUGGCAUUGUGCAAAAUCGGUCAGAGGCUAUGGAAUCCAAAGUGAUCCAAGUGAUUCGUGUCUCAUAUUUUCAAAGAACAGGUCACGUUUACAAUUUCAAAAAUCUUACUUAGGCAAAUGAUUGUGCACUUAGAAAUAAAAUGCGAAGGACAUACAAAUACCUCUUCAUAUUGAGUUGUGAAUGGCUGUGUGAUUCCAUUCACUUAAUCGGUUCAGAAAAGUAUCCAUUAUUGUCUUAUGAUGAAGAAAAGUGAAUUUAUUCCUUUGUAAUCAUUGGAACAAAGGAGAUGUAAUACUGCUUAACGACCAUAGCAGAGUUUGAGUCAAAGCUGCUCUGUUAACUCUUAAGUGACAUGAAUUAAAAGUCACUGUCAUGACUGUUGUAGCUGCUUCCUUUUCAAGCAAUGGUGUAUUCUGUAUACUAAAUAGUACAUGCUGUAUAUAUUUCUGGUGAAUCUAUUGAACAAAAGAUGCCUUGACACAUGCGCUGUAUAAAGCUCUGUACUUUUUCAACCAUGGAACAAAUAUUUUUAAAUAAAACUGAAUCAGCUGAGGUAAGCAGUGUUAAAGUUCUGUGAUAAGCAAAUCUAGUAUAGAAAUAUCAGUAAAAUGACAUACACAUACACCACGUGCCACGGAAGCAAGGUGUGAUACAUGGUGUCUUCUAAUGACGAAAUACAGCACAUUCAUGGCCUCUAUAAAGGCAUGCUAUAAAAACUGCACAAAAGUGCAGCCUAUGGCAUUUAUAAAUGCAACCAGCGGCCAAUUCCCAAAACUUAUACCUUGUGUUGCACAACCAUUCAUGGUUUUUAAAAUGCAUAAGGAAACACCUUUACAUUGGCUGAUAGUCAGUAAUGAUAAACAUGUUCAUUUAUCUGUAACCCAAAGGACAGAAUAAGAAAUGUUUAGUGGUAUUUCAUCAUUUGAAGGCAAGCUUCAAAUCUCAUGUGUCAUGAGAAUUGAUACACUGAGCUAUGAGUUUACAAUAACCAAAGUUGAUAAUAUCCCACAGCAGCUUAUGAUUUACACAGUUUUAAGUUGUUUGGUUGUAAUUUGUUGUGUAAUUAAAGGAUCUACACACACUGAAA